GGCAGGCGGGUUUUCCGUCGGCCCAAUGGGAGCGGCGCGCCGGCCUCCCCUUUAAGGAAUGUUGUGACCUGACGUCACCCAGGCGAGUUACCUCCCGCAGCCGCCACAGCCGGGCUCAGCGCGAGCCCCGCAGCCCUUGAGCUCGAGCCCCGGAGCCCCCGGCGCGCCGAACCGCAGCCGCAUCCCUGAGCCGCGCGCCCCGAGCCCCGGCUGCGCGCCCCGCCGGGCCCGCGCGAUGCCCUCCGACCGGCCUUUCAAGCAGCGGCGCAGCUUCGCCGACCGCUGUAAGGAGGUGCAGCAGAUUCGCGACCAGCACCCCAGCAAGAUCCCGGUGAUCAUCGAGCGUUACAAGGGUGAGAAGCAGCUGCCUGUCCUGGAUAAGACCAAGUUUCUGGUCCCAGAUCAUGUUAACAUGAGCGAGUUGGUCAAGAUCAUCCGGCGCCGCCUGCAACUCAACCCCACGCAGGCCUUCUUCCUGCUGGUGAACCAGCACAGCAUGGUGAGCGUAUCCACACCCAUCGCUGACAUCUAUGAACAAGAGAAGGAUGAAGAUGGAUUCCUCUACAUGGUCUAUGCCUCCCAAGAAACCUUCGGCUUCUGAGUCAAGAGUAGGGGUUGGGGGUGGCUGGGAGUUCUGGUCAAGUUCUCCCCCAGGGAGGUCCUGGCUCCUAAACUAAGCUAUUUCAGUCCCCAGUGGAUUAGGCAGAGAUGUGGCACCCCCUUCCCCCAGGUAGGGGCCACCAGCCAGCUUACCAUGUCCUGGGUAGGUCCUGGACCAGUCAUAUUGGGGUUGCGCUUUCGGGUGCUGGCUGGGUUGGGAGUGGGUGGGGAGCAGCAGCCCUGCUCUGUGGGGUUUGUAGUUUCUUUAGGCCCUUGCCUGUCUGCCCAUUUUGCCCCUCAUCCACCUGAGGCUUUGCCUCCUGCCAGGACCUGCCCCACCCCUGAAAGGUUGGCUUCCCUUGUCUUGACAUGGUGUAUGGCUCUGUGGUCAUUUCCUCUGCAGAAUAAAGAUUGCUCAGGCCUGCCUGGC